CUGAAAGUCUGCAUUUCUCGUGCUCGGGUAGCAGUUUUUCAGAACCACGAGAAAUGCAGAAUGUCAGCGUCUGAAUAGUCCAAACGGUCCCUCAUUCUCUCAAAGCUGUAUUCACUGGAAAUAGCUUUCAGGCUAUUUCUUCGACAGUAUAAUCUUUAUCUGUCUACAGAUUUAUUCAACAGUAAAAUGUUUUACAUGCACGCACUCCCCCUGUUUUCAGGUUUACGCUGGCUGGGUAAAAAAAAAAAUAAUAAAAAGUAAAAAAAAACAACAACAACAGCCACACAUUAUGGAGAGUGUGAUCUGUUGCACCCUGUCCAUUCUAAACGAAGCAACAGUCGGGUAGCUGCGUUUGCACAAGUAGUUUGUGAUAUAUUUAUGGAGGUCAGUUGAGAUCACCGCCUGACGCAGUCGAUGGUGUAGCCAUGGUGACAACUGUAACAACCUGAGCUGCAUUUGUAUGUCCACCCUUCUGUGAACAGCGUGUGUGUGCUUCUAGCGAAGUCCACCUGUAAAUCAAGACGCCGACUUGAGUUCGGGAGGUUGGCGAGUUUUACGUCCAGCCAGCAGUGAAGACUAUGUCAUGGCUUCCGUGCUGGAGCUCAGUUUCCAUUACAAAAUCCCAACACACCUCUCAGGUGAGAAUGCAGUCAGAGCUGCUCAAAAUAUUUUAGAAAGUCCAAGCCAUCUGGGUGUUCUGUGUAAGAAUUUCUGUACUAACAAAAUGUUUCCUUCAUACAAGUGUAAGAAUAUUCACAUGUUUGACAGAGAACGCGUUGUAGUCGGUCGGUCGGCCGUUGUUGUUGUUGUUUGUUUUUUUUUCAAGCACCUGUAUUCGUCCAUGCUUCUAUCCAUUUUUCGUAGUUAAUCAACUUUCGAUUAAGCGUGUAAAGUCCACCCCUUCAAUAUGUCAUAUCCACCCCUUUAGUGUGAUAUGGAGCCUGUCGCGAAUAAUACUUACAUGUUCCAUAGCAGUGGUGUUUUGUAACCGAGUGGUGGGGUUCUGGACUGACAACAACAACCGUCCAGAAAUCAAACUAAAAAGGCAGGAACCGUCAGCAGAUGCACAACCCUUUUAAUGCACGGACUAGCACAAUGGCCAAAUGACAUCCAGCCCACUACAGUUUAUUCAACAUUUCGUGUUAUUAUCCAUUGCAGUGGCGUGUAUAUCGUCUACUGAUGAUCUGCCCUCAUUUGCAAGAAGCCAAGGCUAUGAACGGGGCCCGCGGAAAGCGGUCCAUUGUGUUUGAGAUCUUCCACGAGAAGUAGUAAAGGAAAGGUCGAGCAUUUCAACAGGUAUGGCGGAUGCUAACAUAUAAUUGACUCAAACAACGAUGUCGUUUUCGAUGAUACAUAAGCGUUUUAAGUGUGUUUACUUCAAACCACGUGUUCAUAUGAUAUGUGCAUUUGGCGUGAUCGCAUGUUGCGUCCUGCUUGCUAUUGCCACUCCUCUAAUUAGAAGAAGUGGACCGCGUACAUUGGGCCGUUCGUGCAGGUCUACAACGUGUUUGGAAUACUUCUUUUACACCAGCCACUCGUCAUCGUGUAGAAGAUCCGACGACAACCACUCAAUACCUGUCUGGCUUCAAGUCGCCCUACAUCAAAGAAGAACCUAUACACCACGCCGGUUACGAGUUUGCUGAUGUGGCCCAAGCGAUCCCCAAAUCUGGCGGCAAAGACACGAGUGAAAUCACGAAACUUGUGAUGAUGGUCGAUGCGCCCUCUUGGCUGAGAGGGUCGAGUUGGGAAUUCUUUGGCGCGUGUCCUGUGUCCGCCUGUGCGCUGUCCUACGUCCGCUCCAACGACAACUUGACUGCCGACGCCGUAGUGUUCCACGAUGUGCCGGAGAAACUGGCGGUUCCUCAACGGACCUCGCCCACACAGGUCUACGUCUUCAUGCACAUGGAGUCGCCUGUUCACACCUCAGAUCGUUACAAAUCUACGCUCUGGAACGCAGCAUUCAACUGGACGUGGUCAUACAGAGUGGAUGCUGACAUUUUUUGUCCAGUCGCUUAUCUAAAGCGUGCUAGAGAGGUGCCAACGCGAGCCUUUCUGCUCAGUUUAAGGAGGAAUAAAACCAAGGCCGUGGCCUGGUUCUCCAGCAACUGCCACGUGCAGAGUCGACGUGACGAGUACGUGGCCCGACUACGUCGGGUGAUCCCCGUCGACAUUUACGGACGGUGCGGAUCCCUGCAAUGCACAGGACCUACGUGUGAGCAGAUGCUGUCUACCGACUACAUGUUCUACCUGUCGUACGAAAACUCCUUUUGUCAAGACUACGUGACGGAGAAGUUUUUUCGGGUGUUUAAAGAGAAUGUGUACGUCGUUCCGGUUGUUCGUGGAGGCGCUGACUACGACAAGUACUUCAUGCGAGGUGUGUACGUCGACUCGGAGUGGUUUGAAAGUCCGGAAGACUUGGGGCGCCACCUGCUGGAGCUGAUGGAGGACGAAGAGACGUACGUGGACAUGCUGUGGCGCAGGGCGCAUUUCCUGUACCACGAGCACGGCAUAGUGGACGCCAAGUGCCAGUUGUGCCACCGACUCCACAACGUCCACAGGUUCGCCAAGACGUGCCCAGACCUUUACGAGUGGAAUCACUGCGACAGAUGUCGGCCAUCGCCUGACUUCUAACUGAAAAAAACAAACAAACAAACAAACAAACAAACAAACAAACAAACAAACAAAAAAAUAAACAACAAAAAAAACAAUUUGUCGGGGAAAGUAAGAAAAUAAAAUAACUACUAUUUGCAGAUUGUUUUAUUUCUACAUUAUAUAGUACAAACACAUAGAUUUAAUUAUUAAUAAACCUAGCUUAUAUUUCUUAUAUUUUUAUUUAGUUUUAGUUCUUUCAUUAAACCACCUUUUAACUAUCAGUAUUUUUUGUAGUAGCAUCCUCAUUUUGAAAACAAAGGGAUGAUGAAGAGAGGUGAGAGAGAGAGACCAGCGCCGUCUGUUGGAUGUUCUGUUUGGAACUGUACUUACCGUGGAGCUUAUUGUGUGACGUGUUUAAUAUUUGACCUCCAGGUUGUGUUCAUGCUGUGUGUAGACACUGACCUUUGACCUGGAGUAGCGUCAUUUUAUUCUGACGUCAACUUAUUCUCACGUCACAACAUGUCAGCUGUGAAGCGCACUGAGCUUGUCCACAGGGGAGAUAACGCGCUGUACAAUGUAUUAUUGUAAGCUGUUAUUAUUAUUAUUAAACAGGUACACAGUACAAAGAACGAUUCAUCAAGCAAACAUCAGCAACCAUAAAGGCAGGCAAGUCCAUAGCAAAAUCAACUAAUAAUAAAAAUAUGUGUUUGGACAUCAAAGCAAUGAGUGACAGAGUAUACUCGGGUACACUUUGGAGAUCCACCCCCACCUCCAACCAACCCUCACCAACGCCUACCCCACGACUUGUCGCGACUCCCUUGUCGAUCGGCAACAGGACCAGGGUGUGCUGCAAGGUGGUGCGCUGUGCCGGGUGGCCGGGUGGGGGUCGGGUGGCGCGUGCGCGCGCAACAAAAGAAAGCGUGCCGAGUGGCGCGGUGGCGGAGGCUGACAAACGCCCAGCGCGCAGUGCGCGGCCAGCGGCGCCAUGGCUACCCGCCCUUGCCAGCGGCUCGAGAACAGCAGGCGUCGACACCCGACAGAGAGAGAGAGAGAGGGGUGGAUGGGUGGUAGAGGUGGGGUGGAGUCUUGCGGUGCACGCCUAUCCCGUUACCUGUGACAGGGUGCGUCUUACAUCUACCUUCACACUUUUUCUCUCCUUUUCUCACCCCCGUGGCUGUACCCCGACUGCAGCUACAAGGUCCUUGGUCACGUGCUCACUCCCCAGCAAGCACUCCACCCGUUUCAGUGGCUUGGCACUCACCUGAAUAUUCCGCACACGUAUCAAUAAUACAUCGCUGCACCCAGUGGCAUCUGAAGCACUCAGUAUCAGUGACAACCGCACCGCCAAUGGCGGACAGGUGUUUUCCCGUGGGUACGAGUUAACUGCAUGUCGGGUAUGACUAGGGUGUGAUUAUAUCUCCCUCCCCCACCCCGGGUGUGAAGGCGUCCCCGUAGUGGGAUGUAGCACGAUGCGGCGUGACACCGGUGUGUCAGGGUGGGCCUUGUGUCGCGAGAAAGGACCGAAUGCCAAAGCAACAAAAGACGCCACUCAAACGUUUUUCUUUUAAAAAUAAUUUUAAAGGUUCUUUUUCGAGCUUAUUGAAGCAUCAAAUUGUUCGUAGUUAAUAAUUUAUAUGUUAAUAAUUCACCACUGGCAUAAUUUUGCACUGUGGCCCUUUGAAACGAGACAUUUCAAGGGAGAGUUUUGUGAACGGUUGUUUCAUGCAAUCAAAAUAUUCAAGGCGAGUGAGACUGGCUUUAUACAAAUAAAGGACGUUUCGA